AGAUUAAGGCCUGGUUUAAAUAAAGCUGUUUUCAGUGACCGAAUUACAGUAUUGGGAAGAGAUUCAUAAUAAAGGUUGAAAUUGGAGGUCAAAAUAAAAUUUCUAAGCUUACUAACUCAUUAAUAUUUUAGCUUUUACUGUUUUGCCUAUCUCAGUAAUUUAUUCAUAUGUAAUCUUGGUCAUGGGCAAUCAAAAUUCAGUAAAAAAACACAUCGAACAUGCUGAAAGGACUGGAGUAUGUCAACUCAGUAGCAUGGGAUUGGAUGAAUUUCCUGCUCAACUCCUGGGGUUAUCAAGUAAAUUGAGAACUUUGGAUUUAUCAAGUAAUAAACUCCGUGGACUACCAGAAGCAAUUGGGAAUUUUGCAGUGCUGAAAAGCAUCAUCUUGAAUUCCAAUUCACUGAGCAUCUUAUGUGAUGGCAUAUGCAAGUUACGAAAGUUGGAAAGUCUUUCCAUUUCACACAAUCGACUUGUAUCACUUCCUCCUGAUAUAGGAAAAAUAACAAGCUUGAAAGUUAUAAAUUUACAAGGGAAUAAACUUGGGGACAUUCCCGUUGGUUUGACUCAACUAAAACACCUUGAUUCUCUUAAUUUAUCACAUAAUUCAAUCAAAAGAAUACCCGAUGAAAUGAAAGAUCUUCAAGCUGUCGAACUCAAUCUUAAUCAAAAUCAGAUCUCUUCAAUACCAGAAUGUUUGCAUCAAUGUCCGAGAUUAAAAGUUUUGAGAUUCGAAGAAAAUUGUGUGCCCCUGAAUGCAGUUCCUGAAAAACUAUUAACAGAAUCCAAAAUUUCUCUUCUCGCUUUUGAUGGUAAUUUGUUUGAUCAAAAAACAUUUCAAGAUGCUCCUGGUUAUGGCAAAUAUAUGGAAAGAUAUACUGCAACUAAAAAGAAAUUUGACUGAAAAAGAUGAAAUGCAAUAUCAUAGUCUCUAUAUGACUGUUCAUUGAUUCAGAUUAUGGAUUGAGCAAUUGAGUCUUGUAGGAGGCUGUUGUUUAUAUAAAAUUUAUCAUUCAUUUGUUAUCAAGUCAGAAUGUUUAUUAUCUCAUGUUAAUUUAUGUAGAAUGUUUUUAAGUAUUAAUAAUUUAAUAUAAUCAAUCAUUUAAUUUACGAAUGUUACCGAACCCCGAUUCAAAACUGAAGAUAAAAUUUAUAUAGAGAAUCGAUUUUGAUAAAAUAUGAAACUAACAAAUUCGAAUUUCUACAAGAUUAAAAUGAGAGGAUGACAAAACAUGAAAUUAUCUUCAAUUUCUCCUUUAGUAUCUAUUCAAUAAUGAGACAGCUCGUGCAUGGAGGAUUUUUGGAUUCCUCUCUGUUGCGGGAUGAUUCAUGCAUGUAACUGACUUACUCUACUUUCAAAGUUCGUACAUAGCAACAAUUACCUGAUAAGUAUCUCUAUAUAUUAUGUCCAAUUUAGAAUCGUAACUAGCUGAGUUUUUUAGGUGACCUGGAAUACUGCAAAGAUUAAACUUUAUAUGAUGGCUCUGUCAACAAGGACUGCAAACUUAUUUUUAUUAUUUUGUCAUAUUUUUGUGCUCUAUAGAGAUUUAUAUUCUCUCAUGUAACAAUUUGCUGCUGAAAUAAUCCUACAAUUAUUGAAUUGAUUUACAUAAUACAUUUAAGAUAGGAUUAAUCUGUUGAGUAAUUUAAAAAUGCCUGUAUUUGAUCUCAAGGAAAACAUUACAUAUAGUUUGCCAUAAUUUAUAAACUCCCAAUGCCCAUUACAUGACAGUGAGAGUAAAUUUUUAUUGUUGAAAAUGCUCCUUUUUAAUUUGUUUUAGGUACUUUUGUGUAAGAGUAAAUGUGUUGUGUAUAAUAAAUGUUUUUUUUUAUCAG